AUGACGUAUCGUAAUAUCUUCGUGAAUUUUACAGAUGAUAUGUUAGAUAUACACAAAAUUAUAAAUAAGGAAGUUGAUAUGAAGGAUACGGCAACUGUAUUAAAUUUAAUGUACGACAUAGCCAAUGCUACAAUUUUACACGAAGACGUUCAAAAUCUGCUUCAUAGUACUUCGGAAGAGUUUGACGCUGUUAUUGCAGAAUGGAUGUACAGUGAAUUGUAUUCUGGCUUCGCCGCUGUUUUUAAUUGUCCAUUGAUCUGGUUCUUAUCAGUGUACCCGCAUAAUAUGGCACUGUCACUAAUAGAUAUGGAAACAAACCCAGCCUACACAGCGGACCAUAUCAAGUCCAAUUCAAUACCACCAUUCACAUUUUGGGAGCGGGUCAAUGAAUUACGGAUGCUGUUGCAUUGGAAAUUUUACAGAUGGUGGGUAAACGAUCGAGACAGCAAGUCUUUUGAUAAAGCUUUUAAAGCGGCUGCUAUGAAAAGGAGCCGCACACUGCUUCCGCUGGAUGAACUAAAGUAUAAUGGAUCCUUAAUGUUCGGAAAUUCUCACGUGUCAACGGGUGAUGCCAUCGCACUACCACGUAAUUUCAUUGAUAUAGCUGGAUAUCACAUAAACAGGACUGUUAAACCUUUACCCGAAGACAUUAAAAUCAUCAUGGAUCGAGCUACAGUAGGAGUAAUUUUUUUUAGCAUGGGAUCGAUGCUAAAGAGCAGUAAAAUGCCGCAGCAAAUAAAAAAUGGUAUAUUACAAAUUUUUGGCAAGUUAAAACAAACAGUCAUCUGGAAGUUCGAGGAAGCGUUACCGGAUUUACCGAAGAACGUACAUAUCUUAAACUGGGCUCCGCAGCAAAGUAUUUUGGCUCAUCCAAACUGUGUUCUCUUCAUCACUCACGGAGGUCUUCUAUCAACAACUGAAGCCCUACACUUCGGGGUUCCUAUUAUUGGUAUACCAAUGUUUGCCGAUCAGUUCAUCAAUGUCAAUAGAGCAGUUGCUAAAGGAUUUGCAAAAAGAGUUGAUCUCAAUUAUGAAACCCCCGAGAACUUGAAAAUGGCUAUUGAAGAAAUACUCGGUACUCCGAAAUAUCGUGAGCGUGUCAAAGAGCUCUCUUUUAUAUACAAUGACCGAGCGUUGCAACCUGGUUCUGAGAUUAUUAGAUGGGUUCAUCAUGUAAUAAAAACAAGAGGAGCACCCCAUCUGCGAUCUCCAGCUCUUCUAGUACCUUUGUACCAAAAAUUGUAUCUUGAUCUCAUUUUCCUUAUAAUUAUCACAGUUUUAACACUCAUUGUUGCUAUCAAAAUAGUUGUAAAUAAAAGGCACACUGUUGAUAUUCCUAAAAAGUUAAGUUAG